UGGGGCUGAGGUGGUUUGUCGUGGAUUUGUAAAUAUGUUAAUUCUUCGUAAAUAACGAUUUUAAGCAUAAAUAAUUGUUAUGUUUCGCUUGGAGGAGGUUACUUCUUGCAGUAUUCAGCGACAUAUCCUGAGGCUGAAAGGUUAGGAAGCUGAAGAGGAUCGUUUCAGAUAGUGAGAUGACAUCAACCUCCACACCUGCAACCGCUCUGAAAGAUGUUGUCGCUUUCGUUGACGUGUGGUCCUCCAGCAGGACAGAGAAUUACUCCAGACCUUUUAUUCGCCAGUUGCAGGACAUGGGGGCGGAGGUAUCAAAGACCUUUAACAAACAGGUGACUCAUGUGGUGUUCAAUCAUGGCCAUCAGUCCACAUGGAACAAAGCCAAGAAAUUAGGUGUCAAGCUGGUCUCCGUUCUCUGGGUGGAUGGGUGUAAAGCUAGUGGUCAGCAUGUGGAUGAAGAGUCAUAUCCUGCUAUAAAUGAGGAGAGCACAGUGAAUAAAGUAGUCAAAAACCGAAAGCAUCGAUGUCUGCAGCCAAGGGAUGUUCUCGAGAAGACCCCGGAUAACAACAGGCGCAUGAAGAGGAAGUUGGACCAGAUGAUAAAAGACCUGGUGCCGUCUUCCCACAUCCCCAUUUCAGACACAUCACCCUUCAUCAUUGAUGAAGAGAGCGCCAUAGUGUAUAGCCCCUUGUCCAGAAGAGCGGAAUCUAUGGCACACCGCUUGAAAGAAAUGAAGGAGAAGAGGGAGAAUCUCUCACCGACUGCCUCACAGAUGGUGGAGUCCCAGCUUUCCUUUGACGAACCUGACGUGGGUACACCAACACAUGAUUCCAUGCAACCAGAAGAUGAGGACUCCAGUUAUAACUUGUCUUUUGAGGAGUUGCAUACAAAGCGUGACAAAAAGGAGGGAAAAUGGAAAGAUUCAAUAAAACUGUCUCAUGCUGGUGUGGGUUCCAGUGGAACUGACAUUGAAAAGAACAAGCCUGAUAAACUACCUCAUAAUACUAAUAUUAAAAAAACUCCAAGUACAUUUAACAGGAAGCAAGUGAAAAAGAAAACGUCGUUGGUAAACUGUGCUGUUGCCUUCUCCGUGGAGAGCAAUGUCAUCCAACCAGCUGCAGAAGUGAGGAGUGAUGGUAAAAUACCUAGAAAAGCACCUUUACAAGGUAGAAGACGAAGGCAAACGGUGGCAAGCUUUAAUCUGGAUGCCAGCAAGAGCAAAAUCCUGGAGUCACCCAUGGAGGAGAUCGGUCGAAACUCUGCAGUGUGUAAGAUCUCAACUCUAGAAAGUAGUCAGGGGAAGAGCAAGAGGUCAGAAACUGCCUCCAUCAUGGAAAGCCCAAAAAAUGUGAAUGCUGUAGGAAGUGACCAAACAAAACUGGCCUCGGAUAAAAAAGCUGUGGUACAUGUUUGUAGAGGACCUACAGUCUCUUUAGAUGAUUCUGCUUCCUCUGGUAGCACAGCAGGCCAGAAGACGGGGGUCAUGAAGGGCACAGAGGUGCCACAACGUCCCCGGCAAAGGAGGAAACCUUCCAUUCCUCUUGACCUGAGGGAACGUAGCAAACCCCUGAGCAUUUCCACCCCAGAUGAGGACACUGUGUUUGAGGACUACUUCUCACCUGCCAACCAGCAGGAUGGGAACCGACAGCGGCGUCCGCUGUCAGUUACCCUGUCACCUGAGUCAGACCCCCUCCCACCCUUUUGUCUGGAGCCCACUCGGAGGAAGAGGAAGAGGGUUGGCAGUGAGGACACCCCUGGAGACAAGAAGAGCCACCUGGAGACCAACACUGGCAGUAAGCACAGAGUUGCUUCAGGGUCUCCUCAGGGAGCUGCCAUGGACAGCAGGGGGACAGGAAACAAGAUGCCCACACCUGAAGGUGCCUCCCUUAACAGAAACAAAGGAAGAUCCAUGGAGGGGCAUGAUCUGCAUGGCUCCAUCAGUGAAGGAGACAGUGACACCAUUGAUCAGACAGAUGAACGGGGGUUUGCAGUCCAUGACCCAGUGUCUCUUGCUGAUGGGUCAGACGAGCAGGACAAACGUGGAACAGAACUACUCAGCCAAGAUGACGAAGAGGAGAGUGAUCAGGGCUUGAAAAGGUGUGGAACUGAGCGUGCAGCUGAUGUGAGCUACACCAGUUCUGAAAUGUAUAGCAGACAGAAAAGGCAGCACAAAAAGAGGGCAGUGAAGGUGGACAGAAAGAAGGCAAAGAGGACAUUAGUCAUGACCAGCAUGUCCUCUGAAAAGAGACACACCGUUCUCCAACUGGUGAACACUCUCAGGGGCUUUUCAGUGGUGGACACUGUCUGUGAGACCACCACUCACGUGGUAACCGGCAGCCCCCGGCGGACCCUCAACGUCCUGCUAGGCAUCGCUCGCGGCUGCUGGAUCCUCUCCUUUGAGUGGAUCCUGUGGUGUCUGGAACACAGACGAUGGAUUCCUGAAGAGCCCUACGAGCUGUCAGAUGACUUCCCAGCAGCACCUAUCUGCCGCCUGCAGCAGCACCUGUCAGCUGGCGAGCACCAGCAGGACCUGUUCUCCAACCAGCCAGCCAUGUUCGUGUCCCCGCAGUCCCAGCCGCCCGCCCCCCACCUGUCCGAGCUCAUCCGACUGUGCGGGGGUACGGUGUGCAAGAGUGUGCGACAGGCGGGCAUCUGCGUUGGAGAAUACCGGGGCAAGAAACCAGAGGGUGCCCGUAGCCUGUCGGAACAGUGGGUGCUGGAUUGCUUGACUCACCUGAAACAACUACCCUACGAAAACUAUGACUUGGAAUGGAAAUCGUAAGGAACGGUUUU